AUGAACUGCCAUGGCGCGGUAGAGAAGUACAGACCAAAAGUGCUAGACGACGUAGUUGGCAAUUCGGAUACGAUAGAACGCUUGAAAGUUAUAGCUCGAGACGGCAACUGUCCACACAUCAUUAUAUCUGGAAUGCCAGGUAUAGGAAAAACUACAAGCAUACACUGUUUGGCACAUCAGUUGCUAGGCGAUGCGUACAAAGAAGGUGUUUUGGAGUUGAAUGCGUCGGACGAGAGAGGUAUUGACGUCGUUCGGAACAAAAUCAAGGGCUUUGCGCAGAAGAAAGUCACGCUUCCGCCAGGGAGGCACAAAAUUGUCAUUCUCGAUGAAGCAGACAGCAUGACACCGGGGGCACAGCAGGCACUGCGCCGUACUAUGGAGAUUUUCGCGAACACUACGCGGUUCGCAUUGGCAUGCAACAUGUCAAAUAAGAUUAUAGAGCCCAUACAAAGUCGAUGUGCGAUCUUGCGAUACGGGAAGCUGCGCGAUACGGAGAUCCUGAAGCGUCUCCUCGAAAUUUGUGAGAUGGAGAAAGUCAAGUAUAAUGACGAUGGCCUCACAGCUCUCAUUUUCACGGCAGAGGGUGAUAUGCGUCAGGCAAUUAACAACCUGCAAUCGACGUAUUCUGGCUUCGGUUUCGUAUCCGGCGACAACGUCUUCAAAGUCUGCGACCAGCCCCACCCAAUUGUCGUGCAGGCAAUCAUACGGGCGUGUCUAAAGGGCAACAUAGACGGCGCCAUGGAGAAACUGCAUGAGCUGUGGGAUCAAGGGUAUAGCGCCGUGGACAUUGUUGUCACAAUAUUCAGGGUGGUGAAGACCUUCGACGAGAUACCCGAAUAUACGAAGCUGGAGUAUAUCAAGGAGGUUGGAUGGACACACAUGCGUAUCUUGGAGGGCGUGGGCACUCUCAUCCAGCUCGGUGGCCUUAUGGCACGACUCUGUAAAAUGAAUAUGAAACCAGAGUUGUUCCGAGUGUGA